AUGAGUUCUGCAAAUGGGUCUGGAGAUUUGUCAUCAGAGAUGGAGGUGGAUGCUUUUAGACGCCUUUUCCCUCUACGCUUUCAUGAACGCCAUCUGCUUGAAUCAGUACGACCUGAUGGAAUGGAAGGCUACUGGGAAAAGCUAGAGGUACAACAGUGGCCCUUGACCAUGCUGGCUGCUAUUAAAAUGGAGGUCAUGACACCUACGGUGGACUCACAAGAUGAGGGCUACAUAGCUUUAGCAUCAUCACUGGCAUAUUUUCUUCUACUGUUCUUCCCUGAUAUUCAGCCGCAGAUGUUCUGGCAUGAUCAAUAUGAAGGAAUUAUCACUGGUCAGUGGGAAAGCUGCUUGGAUGGCUUAACUGGUAAUGUAUUCCAACUUCAGAUAAAUUCGGGAAGCAUGUCUUUAAAAAAUGAUGUUGGAUCUGAGCCUUUUGAAUAUGAAUUGCGUGAUCCAUACAUGGACAUAUAUUGUUUGGAUGCUGAUGGUGCUCUUUUUGACACUGCAUUACUUUCCGCAGUUGCUGCCUUCUCCAAUUUACAAAUUCCUGUAGUUGCUCUGAAUGAUGAUGGAAGAAUAGUAGUUAUGUCCGAGGAAAACGAGGGAGGAAAAUUAGAAAAGAAGCCGGUUAACAAAGAGAAGAGGAAGCUCAAGUUGAGCAGCAUUCCGUUCACCUUAACAUGCAUACUUCACAAGAAUUAUGUCCUGGCCCACCCUACAGCAGAAGAGGAGUCAAUCAUGGAAACUCUUAUUACUGUGGUAAUUAAUUUAUCUGGUCAGCUUGUGUCUCUUUACAAGCCUGGUGGACCAGUUCUUGCCUACACAUCAGCUAUACAGGUUAGUUUGCUCCAAGUUCAUAUGAUGAUGGGCAGGGGCGGAGCCACCAUUGGACUUGGACCAGGGUGGGCACGUGCCCCCCCUAAUUUUUUUUUUUUUUUGACAUUAGAUAUAAAUUUUUGA